GGAAUAGGAAAAUAUAAUGUACCAUACACAAUCUGAAAAGACGUCGCACACCCAUAGUUUCCUGUACGUUAGUUGUAUACUCGCCCUUGCUCAGAGCGUGGAUAGGACUACUCAAUGUUAAAACUAUUACCAUGAUUGUGUGAAUGGAUUUCAAUUGAUUAUCCACCAUGGAUUCUCUGAUUUUAUUCUGGACUCAAGUCAUCUUAUUAGUUUCAACAGGAUCGGGAAUAUUAGGACAAUCUCCAGGUGAUGUACGACUGGUUGAUGGUAGUUCCACUCUGGAAGGAAGGGUAGAGGUGUAUUAUGAUAACGUGUGGGGUACGAUAUGCAACCGAGGAUGGGAUAGUACAGACAGUGGUGUAGUCUGCAGACAGCUAGGUUUUCAAGUUUCUUUGAGCAGUCCAAGUUUCGGGGCUGGCAUUCCAACACAAAGUAUCUGGUUAGCUGACGUACAGUGUGAAUCAUCCGACCGACGUCUGAACGAGUGUGUUACAGACGGCCAAUGGGGACAGACCUCUACAUGCCCUCAUAACAACGAUGUAGGUGUUAGGUGCUCAGGCUUAAACGUUGGGAUCGCGCCAAAUUACCAAGGGUGCUACCGUUUUGAAGACAUUCCUGUAUCAAACUCAGCAAUUACUUUCGAGUCAAAUACUAUUGAGACUUGUUUAGAAAGCUGUUCAAUAAAUUUUAUGUUUGCUGGUUUAUAUGGAGAGACAUGUACUUGUGAUGACCAGAUAAAUCCUUCAGCCCAGCCUAUUGAUAACACUAUGUGUAGAAUGCCAUGCCCAGGUAACUCUGCCCAGCUAUGUGGUGACGCUGAAGUCAACAUGGAAGUCCUAUCUGUUUAUUCUGUGUCUGUUGGCGAUGGCUACGUCUCAUCACCAUGGUUUCCUGGUAAUUACGUCCUAUCAAGUACUGAUACAUUCCAACCAGACGACCUCAUCUCCAGUACCGAUGUCACUGCGUCAUCAGGGAUGCUUUUAAUUCGAGUCCUGGCUUUCGACCUAGCUCCUGGAGACACACUGAGUGUGGAGGUAGGAGGUAUGACCAUCAACCCUACAGAAUCUGGUGAAACCAUGCUGUCCGGGCUACUAGAGAUGGCACUGGUUGUGACUGCGACGUUGACGAGGGCUGCGAACUCGGCUGGAGCAUCGGGAUAUCUUAUCACCUUUACCAGAGAUCCGACCACAACGAUGCCUCAAACUACGCCGACCAUAGUAUCAGCCAUCCCGAUGACUAAUCAACCAGAGGUGACUUCAUCACCAGCUGUACCAGUUCCACCAGUUUCACCAGAUCCCAACUCUACAGCAACCCCUCCAGAUGAGGUCACGACUGCAGCUGUUGUGCCAGCGACCGCUCCUCCUUCCACAGAUGAAGCCACUGACCCUGCAAUGACUACAGCCUCUGUCACCAUACCUCCAAACCCAUCCACAUGCGACCAUCCGGUUGUAGAGGAAGGAAGAAUCGUAGGUGUAGACGGGAGUCCAUACCAGGUGGGUCAGAGUGUGGUGUUAGACUGUGAUGACGGACGAAACCCAGUGGAGAAUACCACUCUUUCGUGCCAGUCCGAUAGAACAUGGUUCCCUCUACCAACCUGUACCGCAUCAGGAGGAAUCGAAGUAUGGAUGAUCAUUGUGAUCGCAGUGGUGAUUUCUCUCUGUCUUGUCAUCCUAAUCGUCAUCUUCCUAAUCAUGGCCGUCGCGUUCGGGAAGAAAAAAAAGAGGCGGGAAGACGAUCGGGGUCCUGUUAUCACACACUUAGCAACUCCUACUGAUAAUGACUACAGUGGACGACCAGCUCUUAUCCCCAUCAACGAAGCAUCAGCAAGUGGAUUAGUACGUCAAGGUACCAACAUAAGUACCGCCUCCACCUUAGGUAUUCCACCUCCACCUCCUCCUGCUGCUACAACUCAAUCUCAUGAUGCUGUACAACAGACAGAACCUAUCAUCCUACCACCACCACCCUCUCAACCUGCCCCCGACCCACCCUCACCAACCGAGACCUACUACCCUCCCGUAGACUACCCUGGGUCUGCUAAUCGUGACUCCGUUAUCUCCGGUGGUACGGCGCAGUCUAAUGGCCAUGUCAACAACCUUGGGAACGAGGAGAGACAAGCUGUAGAUGAAAUUGUCAAUGCUGUCAGAGACUAUGAUGAUAGUCCGGGUGUUGGUUUGUAUGGUUCGGUGCCUCCAAGACAUCUUCGAAGUGGGUCUACCUUGUCAGUGAUCUCCAACCCAGGCCGUGUUACUGAUGGUAGAUCAAGCCCGAGGUACGGCGGAAACCUAAGAUCAGUUCAGUUUGAUCAACAUAAUUAUAGGCCAUAAAUUUAAACCCUAAAUUUAGGUGGCGAGGUUCUUUCGACCAAAGUAGAUGCCGAAUGUAAUUCAAAUAAACAGACACACUACUACUUAUAGAACAUAUAGGUCUUGUAUUACUAUACUAUGACUCAUGGAA